AUGGCAACUGGCAUCCUCCGUGUCGACGGCAAUGAAGUCGUAGACGCUGAUGGCAAUGAGGUUAUCCUGCGUGGAGCGGCCAUUGGAGGUUGGAUGAACAUGGAAAACUUCAUCACCGGGUACCCAGCGCACGAGUCUCAGCACCGCGCAGCCAUGCUCAAGGUCCUCGGGCCCGAGAAGUACGAGUUCUUCUUCGACAAGUGGCUCGAGUAUUUUUUCACCGAGGCAGACGCGAAAUUCUUCGCGGGCUUAGGGCUAAACUGCAUCCGGAUCCCGUUCAACUACCGCCAUUUCGAGGAUGAUAUGAACCCGCGUGUGCUUAAGGAAAGAGGGUUCAAGCACUUGGAUCGGGUGGUGGAGUUGUGCGCCAAACAAAAGAUCUACACGAUCCUCGAUAUGCACACGACCCCCGGCGGCCAGAACCCCGAUUGGCAUUCCGAUAACCGCACGAAUCACGCCGCGUUCUGGGACUACAAGGAUCAUCAGGACCGCACCGUUUGGCUGUGGGAGCAGAUUGCAGCGCGGUAUAAGGGCAAUCCCUGGGUUGCGGGGUAUAAUCCGCUCAAUGAGCCAUGUGAUCCUGAACAUGUUCGGCUCCCGGCGUUCUAUGAGCGUGUCGAGAAGGCGAUUCGGGCUGUGGAUCCGGACCAUAUCCUGUGGCUGGAUGGGAAUACCUUUGCGAUGGAGUGGAGGGGGUUCGAUAAAGUGUUGCCGAAUUGCGUCUAUGCCAUGCAUGACUAUGCGUCCAUGGGUUUCCCAACGGGCCCACGGUACAACGCAACCCCCGAGCAAAACGACUACCUGGAGCGGCAAUUCCUGCGCAAAGCAGAGUUCAUGAAGAGCAACAACACGCCGAUCUGGAACGGCGAAUUCGGUCCCGUCUACGCAAACCCAAGUGCCGACGCUGACGCCACAUCGAUAAACCAAUCCCGCUAUAACCUCCUCGGCGAGCAACUGCGCAUCUACGACAAGUACAAGAUCCACUGGUCCAUUUGGCUGUACAAGGACAUCGGGCUGCAGGGGAUGAUCCACACGAGCCCGGACAGCGCCUGGAACAAACUCAUCCAGCCGUUUUUGGAGAAGAAGAAAGCGCUUAUGCUGGAUCACUGGGGACGGGAUUCUGCUGUUGCAAGUGAAGCGGAGGGUGUGCUGAGGCCGCUUGUGGAGUGGAUUGAUAAGGUCAGUCCGAGCGCGAAGGAGACGUAUCCGACGCCGUGGAAUACGGAGAGGCAUUUGCUUCGCGCUGUAUUUCAGACGUUUUUGGCGGGUUCGUUUGCGGAUGAGUUUGCGGGGUUGUUUGCGGGGUUGGAUGAGAGAGCUUUGGAGGAGUUGGCGAGGAGCUUUGCGUUUGAGGAGUGUGUGCAGCGGGAGGGCCUUAAUGAGAUUCUUAGAGGGCAUGCGAAUGUGGCAGGGAACUAG